CAGUUCUACUUGAACCCGACCCAUAUUACCCGACCCAGUUUCCCUUUCCCUCCCUGUUUUUUUCUCGGAAAAGAGCGAGCAAGAAAAUUUUUACAAUCAAACUCGAAUUGCAGUUAAAACCCCAACAGACACACUCAUUUUAUUCGAUUUUCUUUAAUUUUCAGCAAUCAAUUAGUUGUGAAACUGUAUGUUUGAAUCCCGCGCGAUUCCCUUGUUCUCUGUCUAAUGUUUCUCUCCCGCGCCCUAAUUCUCGAAUCUCUGUAUCGUCGGUGAAUUGGAUUCCCAUGGCGGAGGAGAAGAGGGCGUCGUCGUCGUUCGUGAAGAAAGGCGACCGGCAAAUGUUCACGGUGGAGCUUCGACCUGGUGAGACCACCAUAGUUUCGUGGAAGAAGCUGAUGAAGGACUCUAGCAAGCCUAACGGAUCCAAUUCGGCACCGCAACAAGUCGCAAUCGCUCCGGGUGAACCUGUUGAUGUUGAAGAAAAUGAUCCCUCUCAGCCAAACCGUUUCAGUGCUGUAAUAGAGAAGAUUGAACGCCUUUACAUGGGCAAGGAUAGUAGUGAUGAUGAGGAUCUGCUCGAUGUUCCUGAUGAUGAUCAAUAUGAUACCGAAGACUCUUUUAUAGAUGAUGCUGAACUGGAUGAAUAUUUUGAGGUUGAUAAUUCUGCAAUCAAACAUGAUGGGUUCUUUGUAAAUAGGGGGAAACUGGAACGCAUAAAUGAACCUGCUGCACUACCUAACCAGCAACCAAAGAAAAGGCGCAGAAAAGAUAUAAUGAAGAAUGGUGAAAACAAUGAUGGUCAUGGAUCAAAUAAAAAUGCAAAAGUUGGCAGGCCAGCAUCUGGCAAAACAGCUUCACUGCACGCAAGAAAUAUGUUAAAUUUAUCUGAGAAUUUGGUUGCACCUGAUGAACAUUAUGAAGACUUGAAACUUUCAAAUCAGUCAGAUGUCUCUGGAAUUAUUUCAAAAAAGAAAGCUGUUGACACUAAACCGACAUUGGACCCUUCCAUCUCUUUGAAAACAUCAAAUGAUGAUAUUCCUGGUGUAACAGAUGCAAAAGAUGCUGACAAGCAAAGGAUAGGAGUUUUUCAAUCUAAGAACAUCAGUGAUAAAUGUAAAGAUGGAAGUGCAUUUGAUGCAUCUCAUCAGAAGUACAAUGAGAAAAGUGCUUAUGCACAUUCCAAAUCCCAACCUGGAAGACCCCCAAAUAGUAUUGAUGAUUGUGAAAAUAUUAUACGGACAAAAGAAAAAAGUGGUAUGUGUGAACUGCCAGAUCUUAACCUGUCUGAGGGGAAGUCUGCUACCCAAGCAACGAAAUCUGAAAACAUGCAGAAGAAAGAGGGUUCUAGUGUUAGGCCAAAAACUUCAAUGCUUGAAAAGGCUCUUCGUGAGUUGGAAAAAAUGGUUGCAGAAUCCAGACCACCAGCAGUGGAUAACCAGGAUGCUGUCAAAAGGAGGUUACCUAGAGACAUAAAGCUAAAGCUUGCUAAAGUUGCUAGACUGGCGGCAACCCAUGGGAAAGUAUCAAAAGAGUUAAUUAACCGUCUUAUGAGUAUUCUUGGCCAUCUGAUUCAGCUAAGAACAUUAAAGAGAAACUUAAAAAUAAUGAUCAGUAUGGGCCUGUCAGCAAAGCAGGAGGAGGAUAAUAGAUUUCAACAAAUAAAGAAAGAAGUUAUUGACAUGAUUAAGAUGCUGCCCCCAACUUUUGAAUCCAAGCAGCAGCAGAAAGGUGAAGCAUCUGGUGAUUUUCAAGAAUUUGGUCCUGAUGGAAAAACAAAUACAAAAAGAAAGUUUGCCAUGGAUGCUGCAUUGGAGGACAAGAUCUGUGAUCUCUACGAUAUUUUUGUCGAUGGGUUGGAUGAAAACGCAGGUCCACAGAUCAGAAAGUUGUAUGCUGAGCUUGCAGAACUAUGGCCCAGUGGUCACAUGGACAACCAUGGGAUCAAACGUGGAAUUUGCAGGGCAAAAGAGAGGCGCAGAGCACUGUACAACAAGCAUAAGGACCAGGAAAAAAUUAAGAGGAAAAAGUUGCUGGCACCUAAGCAAGAGGAGAACGUUCGAUUUGAUGCCAAUUCAAUUACUUCACAACAGAACCUGCGAGAGAGAUCAGCUCCUGAGUCCAGCAGUCAUGGUUUUACUUCAGGGAGCAAGCAAGUUUCUAAUGCAAGUCCAACUGGCCGGGUACCCAGUCCAAUAAAUGGUCUAAAACAAGAAAAAGCAAAGGGAAGUUCAAGCAGUUCCCUGGAUGAUGUCAGGGCUGCAGAAGGUGUGCUAACAAAGAAGGUAAAGAGAAAACCAGAACUCGAGUUAGAAGCACAGUUAGUUGCUGAGAAGGUGGCUUCCUUGCAGGGAGAAGAAAGGCCCAGGUCCCUAAAGCAGCAGUCCUCAGGGCCACUUGCCAACAAAUCAAAUCUUCAGCCAACAUCUGUUCCUGAUCUUCAACAUUCAAGCUAACUUGAUAUCAUGUAGGUUUAGAGGUUUACCAAGCCAAUGUCCCUUUAUUUUUUUUUCUUUUCAAUUUCCUUCUUAUCCCCUUCUCUAUCAAAUAGUUCCCUUCCUAUCAUUUUUGUAAUUAUAUAUCCUUGCAAUGUUCUUCCAAAUAUAGAUAGAUUUAUUGUUGUUAGUGAUAUUGGCCAAGCUUCUUAUUUGGCUCUUACGCUUCUCUAAGGCAAUUGUUCUUCUCUACUCAUGCAAUUUUCGGAAGUUAACCAUGC